AUGCGAUUCUUCUCGACCACAGCAGCACGACCUGCAAUCAACAAAAUCUUCCCAUCUGCACAAGAAGCCAUCAAGGACCUAAAGUCUGAUUCCACAUUACUGGUUGGUGGCUUUGGCUUCUCUGGCGUACCAAAUACAUUGAUUAACGAGCUUCGCGACCGAUCGGAUAUCCAAAAUCUUACAGUUGUCAGUAACAAUGCUGGUAUGCCGGGUGUUGGUCUCGGUCAGCUUUUGGAGACGAAGCAGAUCGGUACAAUGGUCGCGAGUUACAUCGGUGACAACAAAGUCUUCGAGCAGAUGUACUUGAAGGGUCAGCUCAGCCUGGAGUUGACACCUCAAGGCACCAUUGCUGAGAAGUGCGCUGCUGGUGCCGCUGGUGUCCCAGCUUUCUACACGCCAGCAGCAUAUGGCACAAUAGUGCAAACCGGCGAGCUUCCCGUCCGUUACAACACCGACGGCACCAUCGCCAAGAUGGCCCCUCCCAAAGAGACCCGCGAGUUUAACGGCAAAUCCUACGUCCUCGAAGAGGCCAUCUUUGGCGACUAUGCCUUCGUCAAGGUUGCUAAAGCCGACCGCCUCGGCAACUGUCAGUUCCGCAAAGCGCAAAACAAUUUCAACGAAGCAAUGGGCAAAAACGCAAAGAUCACCAUCGUUGAGGCCGAUGAGAUCGUCGAGGAUGGAGAGAUCGCGCCAGAGGAUAUUCACCUCCAGGGUAUCUACGUUAAGAGGGUCAUCAAGAGUACAGAGGGCAAGCAGAUCGAGCGCACAGUAUUCUACAAGAGCCCUGAGGAACAGAAGAAGGCCAUCUCUGAGGGCAGCUCUGAGGCAAGCCAGAAGCGCGAGCGCAUUAUCAAGCGCGCGGCGCAGGAGCUGAAGGAUGGCAUGUACGUCAACCUCGGUAUCGGUAUGCCUCUUGCUGCACCUGCUUUCCUUCCUGAGGGCACUGAGAUCAUUCUCGAGUCCGAGAAUGGUAUCUUGGGUAUGGGUCGUUACCCCAAGCCUGGUGAGGAGGACCCGGAUCUCAUCAACGCCGGAAAGGAGACCGUCACCCUUAACAGCGGUGCAUCCACAUUCGGUAGCCACGAGAGCUUCGGUAUGAUUCGGUCUGGAAGGAUCGAUGUUGCUAUGCUGGGUGCUAUGCAGGUCAACCAGUACGGAGAUCUCGCGAACUUCAUGCUUCCCGGCAAGGUCAAGGGCAUCGGCGGCGCCAUGGACCUUGUCGCGAAUCCCACACAAACCAAGGUCAUCGUUACAAUGGAACACGUCGACAAGAAGGGCAACCCCAAGAUCCUCAACCAGUGCACAUUCCCUCUCACAGGGCCCAAGUGCGUGUCAACUAUCAUCACAGACCUUGCGGUCUUUGACGUCGACCGUGUUGAAGGUCUGACACUUAGGGAACAUGCUAAAGGUGUCACUGUGAAUGAGAUCAAGGCGAAGACUGAGGCGCCGUUCAAAGUCGCUGAGAAUUUGAAGGAGAUGAACAUUUAG